AGUGGGUAGCAGAAACUGAAUGUGUCAAAUAUAUACAGAAUGGAAAGUACGCAAGUCACUUCACAGGAAACAGAAACACCCACGCAUAUAUAUCACUUUUUAAAAUUUUUUUUAGACCUGGCAGUCAGAAGAAGAGAUGGACGCUUUAGAGUGGCUUUUGUUUUUGUGCAUUUACUCCAAAGUGACUCAAAUAGCGGAAUUAUCUUGGACCGCUGAUGUGCCAAACGAAGUAAAAGGUCUCCUUGGCUCAUGUGUGGUGAUCCCCUGCUCUUAUAACUACCCAGAUCCACAAGGGAAGGCCAAAAGCUUCACAGGGAUUUGGAUGACCACUGAGGGGGAUCGAGUCAUCUAUCAUCCAACUCAGUCAAAAAUUGUCAAGCAGUAUCAGAGUCGAACAAAACUUCUUGAAGACGCCAGCAGCAAGAACUGCUCUCUGAUGAUUGAAAAGCUUCAACAAAAUGACAGAGGACCUUUUUAUUUCAGGAUUGAAAUUGAAGGUUAUGACAGAGCUUCUUACAGAAAGAACAAAGUCUCCAUUUCAGUGAUGGGUGAACCAAAUCCCACUGAUUUCUCUGUGCAAGAGGAGGUAAAGGAGGGUCAAACUGUAUCUGCAUCCUGCUCUGUGUCUCACUCCUGCCCCACAUAUCCACCUGAUUUCCACUGGAGUCACCCUGGAGUGCAACAUUUUCAAGCACAGAAGCUCCAAAAUGGGCAGUGGAAUUCAACAUCUACUUUGACCUUUCGCUCAAACCGCACUGAUCACAAUAAAUCUUUACAAUGCAGAGUUACAUACCACGAAGGAAAGCACCAAGAAACAUCAAAGACCAUUCAAGUAAAAUAUGCUCCAGUGAAUGUGAAGGUUGAGUACCAGUCAGAUAUGAAUGAGGGAGAGACUGCACACCUGAAGUGCUCCAGUGAUGCAAACCCUGUCAGCAGCUACGAGUGGCACAGUGAAGCUGGUGCUCUGCUGAAUAAGGGACAAACCUACACAAUGUCAAAUGUGUCCAGACACUCAGAGGCUGUGUACUGCACUGCUGUCAAUGAGGAAGGACGAGUCAGAUCAAGCACCGUAAAGCUCAAUGUGUUAUAUGCCCCUGACAUUAAAAGUUCCUCUAAGUGCUUCUCAGAGAGGGGCAAAGUAAUGUGUGAGUGCAUCGUGGAGUCCAGGCCUCCCAGCAUGCUCCAUUUUGUUCUUGGUGACAGAGUUGUGCAAAACAGCAAAGUGCAGACAGUUGGCUCUGUUACUACUGGGACUCUGCAGACAGACUUUGGGUCCUUUAAGUUUGUUCACUGCCUGGCAAACAACACGCUGGGAAAUGCUAACCUCACACUCUCUUUACCUCUCGUUGACAACAUGCAGAAUAUUUUCAUAGCCUCUGGAGCAGGUGUGAUUUUUCUGAUUGUUUUGAUAGCCACUGGAGUGGGAGUUGUUAAAAAAUGCAGGGGGAGAUCAGGGGAGACACCAACAUCUGACUUGGGCAUCAUGAAAGCAGAGAGAUCCGUGGAGCUCCAUCAUUAUGCCCCAACAAAAAGGAAAGAGGACAGGAAGGAUAUGUCUUGCUCUGACAUUUAUGCCAAUGAUCAUGUCUAUGGCAAUGUGGGGAUAAGUAAUGAUUUCAUCAAUAAUUCAUUCAUAAUGUGCAUGCAUAAACAAAGUGAGUGAGUGAAUCUUGUUUCUCUGUCCAGACUGACUGCGAUGAGUCAAUAUACAACAAUGUGUAGCGUGUGGAAGACCAGCUUCAGUCCAUGUUGUUAUGUGAGUCAAGAAAAAAGAAAAACCUUAAACAAUUUAAUUUAAUUGCAUAUUUCUGUCAUCUGUCAUUUUCUUUCUAAAACACAAUUAAGUACAUAAUCUUUAAAAUUGUGCUUGUUGCUCUCUGAGGUUUUCUUUAUUUGUUUUCAAAUGAUGUGCUUUGAAUUAUUACC